AUGAAGCUCGGAGAUAAUGCAUCCUCUCCCAGCCUCCGGAACUACAGCUUUUCCACCCAAACCUCCGAUAAGUCUGCGCAUGAUGAGCCGGUCCCAACGAAAGGGCAUACAGGGAAAAAGAGUAGGCUGAAUCUUCUGAAUCCAAUGAGUCUGUUGGCUCGUCGCAGGUCAUCUCAGAAUCAAAAACUCGAGGACCUAAAUCUCACUCUGUCCGUCCCAGCCUUGCCUGAUAAUUUCGACCCAAGCAUUCGAGGCAAGGUGGUCCAUGACUUUUCCGCUCCACGAUCACGCAGGCUCUAUUCCCACAACGAUAUUGGCAAUCUAGACUCCCCGGCCUUGCGCUCUGCAUACGGGCCAGACCCCAAUCGAAACAAUGAUUCACCGGUUUCCCGCUUGGCGCUCAGCGGAACACCAAAUAUUCCACACAGUCCGAUGUUCAAAGAACACUUUCAGGACGAUCGGCCGUCAUUGCAACCCGAUCGGACAGGCUAUCUGCACAAUAUCCACGCAUUCAAUUUGGCCAAUGACCGCCAGGAUGAGAGCAGUGUGCCAGCUUUCGCAAGACGGCUGCCGUCCGCUGUACCGCAAGCAGGUCUGGAUGUCAAAUCUGAGCCACCUGAGGAUGAAAACAAACCGCCACCGCCACCACCGGCGAAGGAGAGCGCACCGUUACCGCCCAUAGGGGAGCCUUCACCACCUCCUCCAACACCCCCGCCGAAGAGCACGCCGUCCCCGAAGUUUGAUAUUCCGCCGGCGGCGGCGCUUCCGAAGCAUAUGACCAGCACUUCCUCCCGCUUCAGCUUUCAAAUCGGUGGAGCAGGCUCAUCGGCGCAGGAGAGAUUGCUCGAGGAGAAACACAAACAACAGGAAGCAAUCAAGAAAACCGUUACCCAAAGCGCAGAUGAGGAGGACGACUAUGGUGACUAUGACUUUGAUGUAGACGAUGGUUUGGAGGAGAUGAUUCCUGGGGUGAACGCGGACUUUGAGGAAGAUGAUGGUUUCGGCAACGACAUUCCGAUAGGAAAUGCGCUUGUGGCUCGUUAUGGUCCUCCCGAAACUGAAGAAUCCGCCGCAUCAGAUGUCAAGACCACGACUCUGCAGCGACAAUCACUACAAGGAUUUCAUUUUACUCCUCAAUCCAUGACAUUCAGCCCGACCAGCACCAACAAUGGCUCACAGCCUACCCCCCGAGACCACGAGGGUUUCGCUAUUGGGAUUGCAGACUCGAGAGAGCCUUCCCAAGACGAUAGUCCAAAGUUCCCGCGUAAAGACAGUAUCAUUGACGUUGAAACGGUUACGAUGUUGGGAGGGCUUGGCAUUACGACGGCGGAAAUACAUGGCAGGCGUACGCAGCAAACCUCUCGUCCUCACGGAGGGGUUUUUGAUGAUGAGGAUCUAUAUUUUGACGAUGGCGAGUUUGACCACGUGGAGUUGGAUCCGUCAGGGACAACAUUUGACGAGCAACUAUUCGACGACGACACAGGCAAGCUUCGUGAUAUCCCAGCCGAGAAUGCUCGAAAAUUUGCGGCUGCCAAACAAGCAGCCGGCCUUGACGCAGGGGUCAAGGUUCUCAAUCCUUGGGAGGACGCCAUCGGACAACUAUCGCUGACAAGCAAUGACCCUCAGAACGGAGUCAAGCAAACGGCUGGAGAAUUUACGAGUGGUCAUCCAAUGAGCCAAGGGAACUUCAUGCAAAGCAGUUCCAUCGCUGGGCUCACUGAAACGAAUCUCGCUGCGUAUCACGACGCUUUGGCAUAUGCAGCCAACCAAGCUGCUGCAAAUGGUAGAUUUGAUCGCAAGGUCAGCUUCAGUCAGAAUUCGGAUGAUACUUCUCAAUCGCCAUUUGAGAGCAGUCAACAUGGCGUUGUCUCCGAAGAUAGCCGUAUCAGCUACAAUUUCAGCUCUGCAAUUGCCGAGGACGACGGAUUCCCAUUUGACGACGACAUGGAUGACGAUCCCAUGAUUGCGGAGGCGAACGCCGAGGUCCUAGAGAAUGAUGACGAAGGCUUCUAUGGCCAAGAGUUUGGAUUUUAUGCCCGCUCCUAUGGUAAAGGCAAUGCAGAGCUCGUGAAUGGCGGCUACUUUGCUGACCGGGGAUCCAAUGGGGUAAAGCGAAGUCACAGCGGGAAGGCCAACUUUCAAGAGCCCAGCCUGACGCCCAUUACCGAACGCAGCGAGUGGAGUACUCGCAACUCGGUGGUGUCACUAGCAAUACCAGGCGGGGUGCCAGCUUCAGCUCAUUCGAUGCCUAGUCCAGGGAUUGCCGAGUUACUGCAACAACUUGACUCCCCUGGAUACGACGAUGAUAUGAGCUUCAGUGGUUUGAUGAAGCUCCGGGGAAGAACAUUUGGAGGCAGUUCAUCCAGCAUCGGCAGUUCAGCCGCAGGAAACCCGGCUAGCUCACCACUUGCCCACGUUUCCAACCAUCCAUUUCCUCACUCGGACCUUAACGUGAGCCGCAUGUCGUCCUCGAUUCACGGUCGAUCGUCGCCAGCUGGAAUCCCCGAGUCGGAGGAAGAGGACGAAGAUUCGGAAAGACCUACCCUGACACAGAAUACACCGCGCAAGAAGAUGACUGAACCGGUGGUGGUAACGUCGCAGGAGGAACUACCCGCAUCUCCAGGGUCUGCUGGGGGUGAACGACGAAAAGGUCAUCACAGCCGGACUAGCAGUGGCGCGGAAAGUGUGAGCUACGCGCGUGACACGGACGGCGGAUGGGUUUUGGAAAGGAGGAGAACUGAUGAAGGGAGCGGAACUGAAGUUAUUGACCGUGAAUAUCUAGCUGGAGCUCGGAUCUGA